AAACACUCUACUUUCCUCCAUCUGCCAGUCUUUCUGCCUACCACCGGAUUCCAUUUCCUUUCCUUCUAUCUGCGGGUCUCUUUCUGUAAGUACAGAAGGAAGCCAUGGCUAGGGGAACUAAGCUCGCUUUAAUUGUAACUGCAGCGCUAAUUGCCUCCUUAUCCAUUCUCGUUUCCCCCAACCAAACCAUACUCAUUUCUUUGCUGAAUCCGCCUCAAAUUCCGGGCUCACAGGAUCGACUUCACACUGCUCAAAUCAUCCCUGUCCAAGCUGCGGUUGGACCUGAAAGCCUUGCUUUUGACCCCAGCGGAAAGGGCCCAUACACCGGUGUUGCAGACGGCCGGAUUCUCAAGUGGCAAGGAGAUGCCGGUUGGACUGAUUUUGCCUUUACCACUUCUAAUAGGAAGGAAUGUGGCCAGCCAUUUGCACCAGAGAAGGAGCAUGUGUGUGGAAGGCCUCUGGGAUUACGAUUUUAUAAGAAAACUGGGGAUCUCUACAUUGCUGAUGCUUACCAUGGCUUUCUAGUGGUAGGACCGAAAGGAGGUGUGGCUACACCAAUUGCUACAGAGGCUGAUGGCCAACCCUUGGACUUCACCAAUGAUAUGGAUAUUGAUGAGCUUGAGGAUGUGAUUUACUUCACAGAUACUAGUACGGUGUUCAGAAGAAGGGAAUUCAUGUCCUCAAUCUUGAAUGGAGACAAGACUGGCAGGUUGCUGAAAUAUGACAUAGCAACCAAAAGAGUAACAGUCUUACUACGGGACCUUGCCUUUGCCAAUGGCGUUGCACUGAGCAAAGACCACUCCUUCGUACUUGUAGCAGAGACCUCUAGUUUUAGAAUUUUGAGGCUAUGGCUUCAAGGUCCUAAUGCUGGAAAAACUGAUGUUUUUGCUGAGCUUCCAGGAUUUCCAGACAAUAUUAGGAGGAAUUCUGAAGGGGAGUUUUGGGUAGCCUUGCAUUCUAAGAAAGGGCUUUUUGCAAAUCUAAUAGUUUCAUACCCAUGGUUAGGGAAAGCAUUGCUAAAACUUCCACUUAACUUCAAGCAACUGCACAAACUGCUGGUAGGGAAGCCACACGCAACUGCCAUAAAGCUAAGUGAAAAGGGAGAAAUAUUGAAUGUUAUAGAAGAUUCUGAAGGGAAAACUUUGAGGUUUAUCAGCGAAGUGGAAGAGAAGGAUGGGAAGCUGUGGCUUGGAUCUGUGUUGAUGCCUUUCAUUGGCGUUUAUAAUUUGUAGAAUGACUUACUAAUUUUCUUACUUGGUUGUGCAAAAACUUGUUCCUUUUAUAAACCAGUUGUGAGUUUUUCCCCCCAAAAAAUUAAUAAACCGGUUGUGGUCGUUGAGAUAAAAGCACGAACAUUUG